AUGGCACUCUUCACCGAGAUGCGCUCCUACCUUGCUAUCGCAGCCCUCUUCACAGCGGCCUUCGCGGCACCUGUCCCAGUCUCCGAAUCCAACGCCUCUCCCAACAUGUACUACCUCCCGCUCACGGUCACGGUCUUCAACGACGUCACCGGCGCCCACGCCGCUGUCGGUAUCGACACGUCCGGCCACUCUUUUGAGUUCGGCUGGGACCUGUUCUCCAACUCUCCCCUUAGCCGCGACGGCAAAAUCAUCGCCACUAGCAUGCAGCUGUCUUUCCCCGAUCUUCCACUGCCGGCGGGUCAUAGCUGCGGUGUCUACAACGGGGAUAAGACAAUUGGGCAAUUGGAUGCUCAGCACACUUACCUGGAUUUGGACGGCCAACCUGGCAAGGCUGUAGAGACGGAUGUGACCAAUUUUAUCGUGCAUUGUGAUAUAUACGUUGUCGGUCAGAACUAA